GGCGAACGGCGGUGAGGUUUCCGCUUCUCAGUUGGGCUCGGACCGCGGCUCACGAAAAAAACAGUGAGUGUUAUGUACCAGGCUGACGCACAGAGGUAAAAGAAAAGAACCAGAAGAAAGCACCGGAACCGCCGAGCACGAGGAUGUCUGAAUCCAAGUACCGCGAGUGGAUCCUGGACACUAUCGACUCGCUGCGGUCGCGGAAAGCCCGACCGGAUUUGGAGAGGAUUUGCCGAAUGGUCCGGAGACGACACGGGUCCGAGCCCGACCGAACCUGCGCGGAACUGGAGAAACUGAUCCAAGAACAAACCGUGCUCAAAGUUAACUACAAGGGCUCUAUUUCUUACCGGAACGCCGCCAAGGUUCAGCGGAGAAGCAGAAAAAAGGACGAUGUAACGUUAGCGACGGCGUCAGCGGCGAGAAGGAGCGGGCUGGAAGAAGCUAGUCAUUCCGACUUAAGCAACGGGGACAGCGCACUGGGUCCGGCUGACCAGGACCAGGACGAGGAGGACCUGGAGGCUGAUGCCUCUAUGGCUAUGGACACAGACAGUAAUGCAGAUGAGGAGGGGGCUGAUGAGAGUCGGGAUGGGCAGGAUGGAGCCUUUCCCAGCCGCACAUAUGAGGACGCACCGGUGCCCUGUCCCCCUGAGCAGGCUGUCUCUGCCCCCUGUUCCCCCUCUGGCACCCGGCCUGGACCCAGCCCCGGCUGCGGCCCUGUCCCUGGCUCGGUUCUGGACUGUGUGUCUUUCCAGAAGGCUGGUGAGAGGCCCAGCUCCUUGCCCCCUUCCAGCCCCAGGGCCCUCGCACACAAUGACUGGGUUUAUGAUUCUGCUGUCUGUUCAGCAGAGCGCCAGCACCCAGGAAUGCAGAAAGACAAAGCUGUCACAAAGCCAGUAGUCCCCUCUGCCACUAGCAGCCCAUGUGCUUUGAAGAGCAAUGUGAAGAAAGAAGAUGGAGUGAAGCCGGAGGAUGGCGGACCGUCCUCUGACCAGCUGGUUCCAGACUACGCAGCCCGGCCGGAUGAGGCCAGGAAUGGAUCUGAUGGAAGACCGCAGACCCUGUCCCUGCCUUCUGACAACGGUACAUCAUUUAAGAAGAAGUUAGACAUGUCCUCCUUCACAGCUGCUGAAGACACCCUUCUGAACGGCGGUAAAAACGAUGACAUCACUGUGAAGAAGGAGAAAAUGAGCCAGAACUUAUUGCAGUGGACAGUGGCAGAUGUAGCCAGUUACUUCUCAGCUGCAGGCUUUCCAGAGCAGGCCAUGGCAUUUCGAACACAGGAAAUUGACGGGAAGUCUCUUCUCCUGAUGCAGCGCAGUGACGUAUUGACAGGUUUGUCUAUCCGCCUCGGGCCCGCUCUCAAAAUCUACGAGCGCCACGUAAAGGUGCUGCAGAGAACCCACUUCCUGGAGUACGAGGACCUUUGAGGUGGCGGUGAUUCCCCAGUGGAACUCACCUGACAGACAGAUACAGACAGACAGACAGAUGCUGCAUGGACCCACCGUGUAUGCAGCGCCCUCUCUGCCACCCACCCUCACACACAGCACACGUGGAAGGGUGAGUGGGGGGAGAGAGGCUGCAGUGGAAGGAGCUUUCACUGUGAGAAUGACCAUAAACUAAAAGACCGUCAUCCUACCUCUCAUUAUGGCCUUUGGUAUUCAAAUGGUUUUCAUUUCACCCACGUGGCUGCAUCGUCAAAAGGAACAGACUGCUACAGCUGAGUACGUUUUAUUCUGCAAGAGUAAAAUGUGGACGAUGCAGCCAGAAGGGGACUGAGUUUUGCACCGAGUGGACCACCUAUGGGCUAGAAUAUACCCACAGAGACACUUAGUGACGUAGCCCGAGUGGCGGCACUGUUUCGGGUCCACAAGUUCAAUGGUUGUGUUUGCCUGUUGCUAUUUCUCAUAUUGUCCGUUCCGGUACCUUCUGUUAAAGCAGUUACGCAGAUAAACAGAAAACACAUCAGUCGUGCUUUCCCUUUUCUCAUGUGAUGAGUUGAAUUAAAUGUCAUCAAAGUGCUGAGGAAGUGGACUGGACAUAUCUUCGUCAAAGCUCAGCACAGUCCGAUCCCUGACUUACGCCAACAAUAGCUGCUGAUGUUUGGAUUACGUCUGCGGUGUCGAUGACGCUCAGAUGGAACCAGUACAAUAUAUACGACUACCUGCUGGUAAGGCAAUACAUACGUUUUCUUCUUCUGUCGUCUCUGAAAAUGACAGCGGUCUUAAGAAAGUUAUAUUUAGGGGAAAUAAGUGAGGAUAUACGUGACCGAGAAACACGUACUCUGAUGGACUUGCUUUCAUACAUUAAGCAAAACUAAGUAAUACUUCUGGAAAUGUUAUUGUAAUAUAUUGUUUUGAAAUGACACAGCUGCUCAGUGCCUGUUUACAAGAGCAGACAUCUUGAUCAAAUGCAAUACUCUUUCGUUAUAUCUUCCAUUUAUAUUCUGUCAAGUGUCUUUUUGUGCUACAACCCAAGCCAGCCACUUGAAAUGUGACAUUCCAUACGAUGUAGUCUACAUCUCCAGUGUACCCCCUCCUCCCCCCUUCCCCCCUCCCAUUUUUAUCUGUAACAUGAACACCUCUUUCAGAGUCACAAAUAAAGCUCAUGUCUCUGUUCG